CCCAUGGAUUCGCUCCAGCACACACAAGAGGACUAAAAGAUACAGAUUUUGUCAACCAACGUCCUUGUUCAAUAGUAACGCCGUUACACAACAUAAACAAUGUUGUAUUCUUCAGAAUACUCUCGGGACUAAAGUGUUUUUUAAAAAGAGACCCCAGUGUAUCACAUAACGGCGGCUGUGUCGGUUGACAUCAACAGAAGAGCUGCACUGCCUGGAAUAAAUAAGGCAUUCCUAUCCAUCCCUCUGUCCACCCCCUCCUUCCCUCUCUCCUCUUGGGGCUGUAAAGAAGCUGGGGCUGUGUAGACCCUUGAGAGGCCCUCCUCCCUCCCCCCCUCCCCCCCCCCCCCCCCUCCCUCCUUCUCACUCUUCCCCACCACUGCACACUCAGACUCUGCUGCUGCUCUUUAUGUUGCUGAAAGGCACCAGGGAGAUGCUCAGAUGAUCCAUUGGGCCAUCCUGAACCACAUCGUCCAUACAGCCCGAGACAGGGAAGACUAACUACUGCAAGUGUGAGAGACCCCUCGGAGGGUGCUGCGAGUACCCUGUGAGGCCCGCCCUCCCGCCAAGCUUGGCAGAAAGCUUGGCUUGCCCCUUCACUCCUCCGGCCCCUGAGAUGCCCUCUCCUCCCAAUGAAGGAGAGGAUCAAGGAGCGUCCCCUGUGAACGGGCCAUCUGUGGGCUCCUUCCAGAGCAGUGGGAAGAGGAAGGGGCGCACCAAAAAGAAGAAAGGCGCUAUCACCGCCAAUGUCACUGGCACCAAAUAUGAGAUUGUUCGUAUAGUCAUCAACGAGGUGGACUUCAUCAAGACCCGGGAAGAUGACGAGACUGCCAACCUCAUCUGGAAUGAUUCCGCCGUGCAGCAUGAGAAAAUCGCUGAGCUCAGGAAUUAUCAGAGAAUUAACCAUUUCCCUGGCAUGGGCGAAAUCUGCCGGAAAGACUGCCUAGCAAGAAACAUGUCCAAAAUGAUCAAGAGCCAGCCUCAUGAGUACAGCUUCAUACCCAAAACUUGGAUCUUCCCUGCCGAGUACACUCAGUUCCAGAACUAUGUCAAGGAGUUACGCAGGAAACGCAAGCAGAAGACCUUUAUCGUCAAACCCGCCAACGGAGCCAUGGGUCACGGGAUCUCGCUUAUCCGAAACUGCGAGAAGCUGCCAGCCCAGGAGCACUUUAUCGUUCAGGAGUACCUGGACAAGCCCUUCCUGAUGGAGGGCUACAAGUUUGACCUGCGCAUCUACAUCCUUGUCACGUCCUGCGACCCACUUCGCAUUUUUCUCUACAAUGACGGCCUGGUUCGCAUGGGCACAGAGAAGUACCAUGCACCCAGUGAGGCCAACCUGAGCCAGCUCUACAUGCAUCUGACCAACUACUCGGUCAACAAACACAAUGAGAACUUCGAGCGAGACGAGACCGUGGACAAAGGCAGCAAGAGGUCCAUCAGUUGGUUCACCGAGUUCCUCCGCGCCAACGACUACGACGUGGCCAAGUUCUGGGGAGACGUCUCUGAGCUGGUGGUGAAGACCAUAAUAGUGGCUGAGCCCCACGUUUUGCAUGCCUAUCGCAUGUGUCGCCCCGGCCAGCCACCAGGGAGCGACAGCGUCUGCUUUGAGGUCCUGGGCUUCGACAUCAUCCUGGACCGCAAGCUCAAACCCUGGCUACUGGAGAUCAAUCGAGCGCCGAGCUUUGGGACCGAUCAGAAGAUUGAUUACGACGUGAAGAAAGGGGUGCUGCUAAAUGCUUUCAAACUCCUCAACAUUCGAGCCAGUGAUAAGAAACGCAACCUAGCCCAGCAAAAGGCAGAGGCUCAGCGACGGCUCUAUGGACACGGCUCCAUGAAGAAACUCUCGGCUGCCUCCUCAGACUGGGAGAAACAACGUCACACGCUGGAGCGUAGGAGAGAAGAGCUGAAAGAGCGACUGGCACAGGUCCGCAAGCAGAUCUCUAGGGAGGAGCAUGAAAAGCAACAUCUGGGGAACUACAGACGUAUUUACCCCCCAGACGACAAGCUGCUGUUGGAGAAGUAUGAAAGCCUGCUCUCGGCCGCCUUUCAGACCUUCCUCGCCGGGCGAGCUGCCUCACUUCAAAAGGAAAUGAAUAAUCCUCUGAAACGAAUGAAGGAGGAGGACAUCUUGGAUCUGCUGGAGCAAUGCGAGCUGGACGACGAGAAGCUGAUGGGCAAAUCCUCCAGGCAACGAGGCCCUAAGCCCAUGACCGCCAUGCCAGAAUGCAGUCAGACACCAAGACGUCAACGACCGGACUACCUGGCUGACUUCACCAGUGGCAGCAGCGCCGAUAACUCCUGCUCCUCCUCAGACGAAGAAGAGGAGGAGGAGAGGAAAGCAGAAGGAGGAGGAGGCGGAGAGAAGAGGGAGAAGAAAGUUUCCUACGACCUCGCGGAGAGCAAGGAGAAGAACUUGGCUGAGCGCUCUGGUCGCAUGCACUGGAAACCUCCAAUCAAGUCACUCAAAACCAGCCCUGCUCCCUCUGCUUCUCCAACACUUUCUGGACCAAUCAGACGCUCCAUCUCCUGCCCGCGCUCCAUCGCCUCCCUCUCAUCGCCCAAUGAGGUGCGGGCGUCGUCCUCCAGGCCUUCUCCCACAGUUCCCAUGGCCACUCCCCUCGUCAGGCCGAGCUCCGCCACGCUGCGCUCUCACUCGCUGAGCCGGAGCGGCUCUGCCCACCGUGUGCCUCACAGCAACAGCCUGGGGACCAUCCACUCCAACAUAAGCGAUCCGCUGAUAAACCUGAGGAGUAAAGAGCAGGAAGCCGAGCUGGUGCGUCAGACUCUGGCUGCGCUCACCGCCAUGCGGAUCAGGUUUCCGGGCAAAACCGAGGAGGAGGCUGAGGCUGUGCUGGAUGAGAUCCUGGACAACUGGAAAUACCAUAAAUCAAAAGUGGCCUCCUAUUGGUUAGUGAAGCUGGACUCUACCAAACAACGAAAGGUGUUGGACAUUGUUCGUACAAAUGUACGCUCGGUGCUGCAGCGGAUCUGGAGGGAGCCGGAUGUAGAAAGUCUCCACCUCUACCGGCUCUUUAAUCGCGUCUUCAACCGGCUGCUCUGGAGUCACGGCCAGGGCCUGUGGAACUGCUUCUCCAACACCGGUUCAUCAUGGGAGACCAUCUUCAGUAAGAGCAGCGAGGUGGUGUCCCCUCAGGAGCUGCUGUGCUGCCGCCGGCUGGUCCAGCUGUGCCGAGACUGCCUGUUGGUCGUCUACAAGUUUGUCUCAGAGUCCCGUGGCUCUUUGACCGGACUCAGCCCAGAGUGGGACGACACCAGCUUACCAUUUGCUGCUGGACCAGCCUCUACCCAUGGCUCCACCCCUGCUGCUGUCGCUGCCACUUCCUCUUCCUCUUCCUCCGUCUCUUCGCCCCUCGACGCAGGUACUGGAACGCUGUUAGCAGGAGCUGCCUCACUGCUCUGUCUCGGUGGAAGGUGUCAUAGAAAAGUCUUAGAAAGGUAUCUGCUGCCAGUGACCUCCCAGUUCAUCAUGAAGUGGCCUUCGUCCAGCUUUGGCCGCCUCUCUUCGACAGUGCCACGGUCACGCAGCCUUUUCGCCGCCAGGAUGGGCCACUUCUGAGGUCACCGCAGCAGCCCUGGCUCCCUACACCUUUUGACCUCAACCUCCCCACCCCUCUGACUCUCACCCAGCCAAACGCCGAUCUCAGCAAGUCCGGCACAGAUCUGAAGUCGAGGCAGCUCUGGAAACCAGCCGGAGCCUCAACCUGAGCCAAUUCCCCCUUGUGGCAGACCAACAAAGAAGGGCCAGAUGAUUAUGAAUUGCUAAAGGGCCUCGUUCAAUUUAGACCAGUCUGGACCGGCCUAGACCAGCAGACCACCGGUACCCUCAAGCCCCACUUUCAGCCCCAUGUAACACCAGACAAUGGGUUUACCCCCCUCUUCUCAUUGUAAUUGCUGUAUUAUACCUACUCACUGUACAGUUACAAGUCAUGGUACUGUAAAAGGAAAAAAUAACAAAUACUAAACAAUGCAAGGAUUAUUUAUUUAUUUACUUACUUAUUUUGUAAGGUAUUCCAUGAAUGCAGUGAAUGCUGAUGCAGAAUGCGGAUAUGGAAUGAUCAACAAAGCUAUCCCUUGUGUAAAAAAAACAGAAAUCUUAUUUUUUCUGGCUGUAAUCAGUUAUUUUAUGUCUGAAUUUAAUUUAUUUCAUAACUUAUAUGAGAGGCUUUAUGUUUUGUCAAUGCUUCCACGGUCACUUUAUGUUCCAGUUUUGCCCAGAGAAUUUAAACUGUUUUUUGAAUUAGCAAACUUCUGAACGCUAAUGCUUCAUGUUUUACCUGUGUUAUAUCGAGUGCAGCAUUAUUAAGCAACACAACGUUUAGAAUCUCAAUGUAGUAAAGCCACGCCUCUUUGCCUCUUAGAGAAUGAGCUAACUUUGACGCCACAGCGCAAAGAGCCAAACUUAAGUCUUUAGGAGAGCACCCAGUCCCUAAUAUGCACUUUGCAGUAUGUCACAGAAAGAGAAAGUGGGUGCACAUAACUAGUGUUUGCAUGCCUAGAGUUUUAGUCCCUCACCCAGAUGAGGAGGAGCUGCGUUUGGAAUAUACUUGAAGUUUUGUGUUUGUUUUUUUUUGUCAUUAAUUAUUGUGUCUUUGUAGCGGCUUCACUAAGAAGGAGACACUUCAGAUUGUGUGGCACGGUGAAUGACUUGGAUCAGCAGCUCAAAUGUUCUGUACCGUGACGGCGGCGAUUUUUCUGGGACGAGCAGCUGCAGCCUUUUCUCCCACCGCACUGUAGGAGCAGUCGCCUCGGAGAUCAUGGAUGUGCCAAUAAUAAGCACACGAACUUCAUGUGUUCAGUUGGGUUUUAUUUAGGGUAUGUCAUGAAAACACUGUAGGACCUCAGUUAGAUAUAGUAUUAAAUGUUGAGAGGGAGAAACGCAGCGUUAUAUGUUUAGUAGUUUUCUUGGCUCUGUUCUACCCAAUGAAAUGACACGAGACUUUUAAAGAUGGUAGUCUGUGAGCGAUACAGUACAGUGUGCAUUUUAUAACAUCAACCCUGACUAACAAGUGUUGCAGCAAUGCUGUGCUAAAUCUGCUCACAUUUAAUUCCCACACACUGAACAUCACUGCACAAUGCCAAAUAUUUUUUUUUAUUUUGCCUGAUUUUAUUUGUGUUAUUUAAAAGUAGUACUUUUUCAUUGGAGGUAUGAGAUUUUUAAUUUUACAUAGCAAUAAAAUGUUUAAACAAACGCAUUUCCUCUUUUUGUCAUUUGUUUUCUUCAGCGGUCCCCAACGUCUU